AUGUGCUUCUACAAGUGGGAGAAAUUUCUUCAGCAGCCGAUCACCGAGUUCAGAGGGGGCAUGGUCGAAUAUAUCGAAUCUAUAAUGAAGACGACGGACCUUCCGCUCCUCAACAUACCGUCAGUGGUCAAUUUCCAGAUGCAGUUAGGUCUCACCCGAGACUCCGUGAGCAUGGAGAUCCCGGAACUGAAUUUGAAGUCUCUGAAGGAUCUCGCAUGCAAUUUCGUCGAUCGUAAAGUGCCUGAACAUGGUCUGAAUCGACUCCCUGAGAGGUUGAUUCUCCUACGACAUGACUACUCCUCGGAGAAUAUUCUCCUGCCAAUUAACUGCAUCUCCGACAUAUCCGAGGGCACAGUUGUCGAAAUCGUUCUCUCCUCGAGAGAUCUACCGGAGGACAACGUCGACAUCCGGCCCCAUGCUCUGAACGUACACAGCUACAAAUCACCUACAUUUUGCGACUUUUGUGGAGAGAUGCUUUUCGGCCUCGUACGCCAAGGUCUCAAAUGCGAGGGCUGCGGUCAAAACUAUCACAAGCGCUGCGCCUACAAAAUCCCGAAUAACUGCACUCAUAUCAAGCGGCGACGAUCGUCGUUUAGUUCAUUGCUCUUCUCGCCGACGAAGUCUUCGGGCGGCGACUUUUUCAAAGAAAAAAGCGCAGUGCAUCGAACCGCGUCCGCGGCGCCGUUCAUCGACGACCACAAUGCCUUGCUCUGUACUCCGAACCUCAAAGAGAAACGUCCCUCGCUCAACAUGGGACGACCCGUCUGGGUCGAGAAGGAGCUCGCGAACAAAAUCCGCAUUCCGCAUACGUUUCUCGUUCAUUCGUACGGAAAGCCGACAGUCUGUCAACACUGUCGGAAGCUCCUUAAAGGACUCUUCCGCCAGGGACUACAGUGCAAGGACUGCAAGUUCAACGUUCAUCGCAAAUGCCUCGAUCGGAUUCCGAUGGACUGUCCCGGCGAGGCCGAAUGGGCGAACGAAGAGCCGUGCGAGGCCGAAAACGCCGAAUACAUGCAAGGCGACGACACCGACGACGAGCCGGAAAGCUUCACGGCACCGCCGACAGUCGACAUCACGCCGCCGCCGUGCGCCGUACCUAAAGUGGUUACGAAAGUCCUCCAAGCGACGGGAUCUCAAGAUUCCGGCUCGGAGCAGGACGAACCGAAAGCCAAUAACGAAAACUCGAAUUCAAGCAAUAUACCUCUGAUGCGAAUCGUGCAAUCGGUAAAGCACACGAAAAAGGGCGGCCAGAGCAUCGUCAAGGAAGGCUGGCUCAUGCACUUCACGAACAAAGACUCCUUCAAACGCAAGCAUUUCUGGCGUUUGGAUACCAAGACGUUGACGUUGUACCAGAACGAGGGAAGCACAAAAUUCUUCAAAGAAAUACCUCUCGACGAAGUUUUAGCCGUCGAGCCCUGUAAAGACAAGGAGGGUCGAGGCGCCUACUGUCUCGAGCUCAAAACGAAAAACUGUACCUAUUUUUUCGGGUCGGAGAAGGACAUCAGCUGGGAAGUGGCGAUCCGUCAGGCGUUACUGCCGCUCAUGGCCACAAAGGAGAACGUCAAGGCCGAGGACGGUGCCGACGCCGAGAGCCCCGCAGACGACGGGGACGACGAUCCCUCACAGGACAUUAGUUUACAUUAUCAAAUAUUCCCCGAGGAAGUCCUCGGCUCGGGACAAUUCGGCAUCGUUUACGGCGGAGUGCAUCGUAAGAAAGGCCAACAGGUCGCCAUAAAAGUGAUAGACAAGCUGCGUUUCCCGCAUAAAGAAGAGGCGGCACUCAAGAACGAAGUUCAAAUCCUGCAUAAUAUCCAACACCCAGCCGUGGUGAACCUCGAGAGAAUGUUCGAGACGCCCGAACGCGUUUUCGUCGUGAUGGAAAAACUCAAGGGCGAUAUGCUCGAGAUGAUUUUGAACUCGUCGAAGGGACGAUUGCCGGAGCGAACGGCCAAGUUCCUCAUCUAUCAAAUCCUGGUCGCGCUGCGCCAUCUGCACGCGAAAAACAUUGUUCAUUGUGACCUGAAACCGGAGAACGUUCUGCUCUCGACCGACUCGCAGUUCCCGCAGCUGAAACUCUGCGAUUUCGGCUUUGCGCGAAUUAUUGGCGAGAAGUCAUUCCGUCGGUCCGUUGUGGGCACGCCAGCCUACCUCGCCCCGGAAGUUCUCCGCAACAAGGGCUACAACCGUCUUUUGGAUAUGUGGUCAGUGGGAGUCAUCAUUUACGUGACCCUUUCGGGAACGUUUCCUUUCAACGAGGACGAAGAUAUCAACGAUCAGAUCCAGAACGCCGACUUCAUGUAUCCGCCUCUGCCCUGGAGAGAGAUUUCCAACGAGGCCAUUCAUCUUAUCAACAGUCUCCUGCAGGUAAAAGUCGCAAAACGCUAUACGGUCGACAAAUCGUUGGCCCACUCUUGGUUGCAGGACUACCAGACAUGGCUGGACCUCCGCCGUCUUGAGGCGGAGGUGGGAAUCAGGUACUUGACCCACGAGUCCGACGAUCCUCGAUGGGAGAAACAUCGGCAGGUCUACAAUCUGGAGGAGCCGCCUCCUCCACCUCCUGCCUUCGCGGAGGAUUCCGAUUCGGGUCGAGGACUCCUACAGCCCCAUAGAACUUCAUCUCAUCAGAACCUGAGGCAGAUGCUGUCUAUCCAGCCGGAGCUAACGGAACCUGCACCUCAGUCGGGCGUCACGGCGAGUCUCAGCUGCAACAAGCUUCGGAACAUCUAA